AUGGUCCAAGACCAGCUGCACCUUCUGUUGACACAAGGCUUUGUACUUUUUGUGGGAAGCCAAGAUGAUGAUCCUACUGUUGUUGUUCAGCAUUCUGAAGGUACUCCUAUUAGUCAAUCCCAAGGGAGUCUUGGUAAUAUUCCUGGUUUUGGUUUCAUUCAAGAUCAAUACCAAGUUGUUACCAAUGAUCUACCAGGUACUCUUUAUCCCUUAGAGUCUGUCAUUUCAUAUUCUCAUCUUUCUCCUACACAUAAACAUUUUGUUCUCUCUAUUACUGCUCAAGACAAACCUAAAACUUUUCAACAAGCUGUAAAACAUGAUUGUUGGAGAAAGGCUUUGCAGGCUGAAAUCCAGGCUCUUAAGGAAAAUAAAACUUGGAAUAUUACUGAGUUACCUACUUGCAAAACUCCAAUGGGUUACAAAUGGGUUUUUAAGAUCAAAUAUAAGGCGGAUGGGACAAUUGAAAGGCAUAAUGCACAUUUAGUUGCAAAAGGGUACUUCAGCAAGAGGAAAACUUCAACAAAUAUUAUAGUGCUUCUUGUUUAUGUCGAGGAUGUCAUCCUAGCUGGCACUAAUCUUGUAGAGAUUAAUGGAGUAAAAGCCUUUCUUGACCAUAAAUUUAGAAUUAAAGACCUUGAAAAUUUAAAAUUUUUCCUUGGCCUUGAAGUGACUAGAACUUCUUCUGGUAUCAUUUUAAGUAAGAGAAAGUAUGCCCUUGAUAUACUCCCUGAUGUAGGCUUCUUGGAUUCCAAACCGACUCUUACACCAAUGGACAACAAGUUGAAACUUAGUCAAUCAGCAGGUGAUCCUCUCAUUGACAUUCAACAGUAUGGAAGACUUGUUGAAUUAAUUUGUGGUGAGGUUGCUCAAUUGGUGCACUGCAAUGCAGCUGAGAGAGAGGCUCUUCUUGACCUCAAAAUGGGUCUUAAUGAUAGCUGGAGUCGGCUUUCCUCAUGGCAUGGAACCAAUUGCUGUCAAUGGUCAGGAAUAGCUUGUCACAAUACAACUGGUGCUGUUCUCGUAGUUGAUCUCCCAAAUUCAUCAGGUCGUCAGCCAUUAGGUGGGGAGAUUAGACCUUCACUUGCAAAACUCAAGUCCUUGAAACAUCUGGAUUUAAGUGGGAACAAUUUCGCUGGUAAAAUUCCUCAUUUCUUGUCCUCUUUGGAGAACUUGCAAUAUCUAAACCUGUCAUAUGCUGGGUUUAGUGGUGCAAUUCCUCCAAAUCUUGGAAACCUCUCUAGCUUGCAGUUCCUUGAUGUCUCUUAUUGGGGUUUAACUGUUGAUAAUCUUGAAUGGUUGAGCGGUCUUCUUUCACUAAAAUAUUUGGCAAUGAAUUCUGUACACCUUUCAAAGUUAGGAGGAGAAUGGAUUGAGCCAUUAAACAAGCUUCCACUUUUAUCUGAGUUGCACUUAGAAUAUUGUGGUUUAUCUGGUUUCUCCUAUUCUCUUCCUUCUCUUAAUUUUACUUCGCUUAAAGUCCUAAACCUUCAGGGCAGCCUCUUCAAGGCUAAGUUGCCAACUUGGCUUGCGAACAUUAGCAGCCUUGUAUCUGUUGACAUCGGAAAUAGCUGGUUGACUGGAAGGAUUCCACUUGGUUUUGGUGAAUUACCAAAUUUGCAGUCAUUGAAGCUUAAUUAUAAUUUGAAACUCUCAGCAAGUUGCUUCCAACUAUUUGCAAGAAGCUGGAAAAAGAUACAAAUUCUUGAUUUAUCUAUCACUGGGUUACAUGGUAGACUUCCUACUCUUCUUGGAAAUAUGACAUCUCUCAUUCAUUUUGAUUUACACUUCAAUUAUAUUGACGGUGGGAUUCCAAGCUCCAUUGGCAAGCUUUCUAAUUUGCAGUACAUUGACUUGUCUUUAAACAACCUGACCGGAAGUUUACCGGACUCAAUUGGCCAUCUCAAGAAUCUUGUCGAACUCCGGUUGCACAGUAACUUGCUCCAAGGUUCCAUUCCUUCUUCUAUUGGAAACUUACAGCGUUUGACUACCCUCACGCUUGCGUCAAAUAAGCUAAAUGGUACUCUGCCUGCUAGCAUUGGACUGCUCUCUGAGUUGUCUUCCCUUCAUGUUUCUCUCAAUAAAUUGACAGGUGUUAUUUCAGAAGCACAUUUUCGUAGGCUGGGGAAACUGGAGAAAAUUGGUCUAUCAGAAAAUUCUUUCAUUCUAAAUGUCAGCUCCAACUGGGUCCCUCCUUUCCAAGUCAUUUUCUUGCAGAUGGGUUCAUGCCAUCUGGGUCCAUCCUUCCCUUCUUGGCUUAGAUCUCAAAAACAGGUCCAAGUUUUAGAUUUCUCAGGGGCUGGUAUUUCCGGUUCUAUCCCAAAAUGGUUCUGGGGCAUGACUAGCAUUCUAGCCUUUUUGAAUGUUUCUUUCAAUAGUUUAGAGGGUCAUAUACCAAAUCCAUUCAAUGUAACUUCCUAUGCAAAUGUUGAUUUGAGCUCCAACCAAUUCAAAGGACCCAUUCCUCUUCCAAAUGUCUUCUUACUAGAUCUUUCUAAUAACCAGUUUUCAGGUAGUAUACCAGAAAAUAUUGGUCAAGUCAUGUCAAUGUUGUCAUUUCUUUCACUUUCUGGUAACGAGUUGACCGGUGCAAUCCCAGUCUCAAUCGGAGAGAUAUCGCUCGAUGUCCUUGAUCUCUCAAAAAAUAACUUGGCAGGAAGCAUUCCUUCAAGCAUAGGAAAUUGUUCUUCUCUCACUGUUCUAGACCUUCAAAAAAACAAUUUGUCUGGUGGGAUUCCAAACUCUAUAGGUCAGAUAACUGGGCUUCAAACACUUCACUUGAGCAACAACCAACUCUCAGGAAAAAUUCCAUCAUCUCUUCAAAAUUUGUCAAAGUUGGAAACUUUAGACUUCGGAAACAACAUGUUGACAGGAAAUUUACCACGAUGGAUUGGAGAAGAUUUUCCGCGUCUCAGGAUACUUAGUCUCAGGUCAAAUAAAUUUUCUGGAGAACUUCCCUUGGCACUUUCAAAUUUGAGUUCCCUGCAAAUUUUGGAUCUGGCGGAAAACCAAUUAAAUGGUUCCAUUCCUGCUAACUUGAGCAAUCUUAAAGGCUUGACUCGACAGCAGAACGUUAACCAUUAUUUGCUUUAUGGAACUCUUUCUGAACAUCACAAUUACCAAGAGAACAUAUAUGUGACCAUAAAUGGCCUUGAAUUAAUGUACACUAGGACUCUUUCCCUGCUAACCAGUAUAGAUAUGUCUGGAAACAAUUUCAGUGGAGAACUUCCUGAAGCAAUAACAAAAUUAGUUGGUUUGGAAGUUUUGAAUCUAUCAAGAAACCACAUCAGUGGCCAGAUUCCUAAGAGCAUUUCAGAAUUGCGUCAGUUGUUAUCUCUUGAUCUCUCAGGCAAUAGGCUUUCAGGUCCUAUUCCCCAAAGCAUAUCUUCAUUGACAUUUCUGGGGAAUUUGAAUGUGUCAAACAAUAACUUGUCAGGCAUAAUACCUUCUACAAAUCAGAUGUCAACUUUUAAUGCAUCCUCUUUUGCUGGGAACCCUGGUCUAUGUGGAGAUCCUCUUACGGUGAAGUGUUCGAAUGAUUCAAACAAUGGAGGUGACAAUUAUCCAGAUGGUGGAGGGAAGGCAGAUCAGGCUGACAAUGGCAAUGGCUUCAUCGAUAAAUGGUUUUACAUGAGCAUUGGGGUGGGAUUUGCAGCAGGUUUAUUGCUUCCUUAUUUAGUUUUUGCAAUGAAAAGGUCUUGGGGUGGAGUGUACUUUGCAUUUGUGGAUGGAACUGCUUAUAGAUUGUCAAGUGAGAAAAUGAAAGCAGCUACAAGAAGAAGAAAUCGUGGGGCACGCUGA